UUCUUUCCUUUUUUCUUUACUUUUUGUUGAUAUUUUGUCAGUGUCGUAAAAAAGGCUUUCAAUUUUGAAGUGGCACUUUUUGAUUUCUUUCUUCUCUCUUUUUAUUCUUGCACAAAAGAAUAUGGAACGAUCGUUCAAGAUUGUCUUUACACUGUUAGUGGGACUGUCUUUAUUUUGGUCUGUGGAGGCGCUACCACGGUUCCACACUGUGAAUGGUCGUUAUUACAACGGAACAACAUGUCCUGCUGUAACCAAGUACAACGUUCGAUGUCCUGUGCUCUGUGUCACCAAUACGAGUGAUUGUCCUACCGCCGUCGGACCUCAAUCAUGCCCGACCGGCCAAUCUUUAUGCGGCGACGGUUCGUGUCGCGGUGAUUGUCAUGGUGUCGUCAAUAUCUGUAGCUGUCCGUCUCAGCCCGGCAUCGUGUUGCAGGCUUGCAGAGCAUCGCAAGUGGUUGAUAUUCCCCAUUAUGAUACUUCCAAUGCCAAUACACAAACCUACCAAGCCUGCGCAGCGGCCUUGAACGUGCCCACCGGAUAUCCCACUUGGGCCGAUAUUCAACCCGCAGCCUCAUCGAAAUUCAGCGUAUGGAAUGUAUGCGCGCCUCCGGCCGGUAUCAAUUUCCCAACAAAAGCCCCCUUCAUGAUCAGCUUCUUCGCCAUGUACUUCCCUUUUUUCAUUUUUCUGGGGUUGUGGACCUUGUAUAAACGUUACCGGGAAAAGCCUUUUGAUCACCAAAGCAGUGAACUCAUCGAUCCUGUCGAACUUUUGGACGUGGAUCCAUCUGCCAAGGAAAAAGAAAAAGUAACUGAAACGGCGGAGAGUGAGGUCUCAGAAGAAGAUUUAUCAGAAACACUCGUUUUGAAAGGCUACUGUAAUGACUGGUUUGGAAAUCUCAUGGUUUCGUACCUUACACUGGCUUCCAUUGGCUGGACCAUAUUUUUGCUUGUGAUCAGUUUGGAUUAUUACGGUUAUGUCAAUGGAAUCCCUUAUGGACUGUUCUACGAUUCUUACGAUCUGUCCAGUAAAGCGUUCUGCUUGAUAUGGUUUCUUUCUACCGCUUGGUAUCUUGUACUGAACCUGCUGCGGUCGAAACUGCGAAAUUUCUUUCGAAUUCGACAUUCCCUGGAUGUGGCAACGGUCGUGCAGAUCGAAAAACCACGCCAAGUCUUGCAUAUGCUGAAUGCUGGCGGCUCAGAUGCAUCUCCUGCUUUGCAACGAUUGCAAUCGAUCGAAUCGGCUAUACGACGUCAUCUCAAAUUUGACAUGUUUAUUGUUACCUCGCCUGUCCAUCGUACGACCUUGAAACAUCGCUACUUCGAAUUCCAAAGCACACGUUACAUGUUCAAUACAAGGUUGUGUACCUUUGAACCUUCCUCCAUUGACUUGGGCACCGACCCGGCCCAUUUGCUGAAAAUGCAAGCCGGUUUAUCCAUGGAAACUGCCAACGAACGCAUGGAAAUGCUUGGUCCGAAUUUUAUUGCCGUCCAAGUCCCUCAUUUUGUGCAAGCCCUCUGGGAAGAGUUGACUGGAUUCUUCUACAUAUACCAAAUCAUGAUCUUGUGGUGUUACUUUUAUCUGGCUUACUGGCAAAUUGGUGUUUCGGAUACGGGCGUCAUUUUACUUGCGGCCAUUAUCAAGGUCAUUGUGCGUUUGCGAUCCGAGUAUCGUAUCAAAGCCAUGGCCGAACACGUGGACACUUGUACAGUUUUGCGCGAUGGGGAAUGGAUUGAGGAAUCAACCGCGGAAUUGGUCCCUGGGGACGUAUUCAAAGCCUUGUCGGGCCAAGUGGUUCCUGCCGACGCGGUAGUCUUGCGAGGUGAUAUUGUCGUGGAUGAAAGUUCGUUGACGGGCGAACCUUUGCCGAUUCGUAAAUUCCCGCUGCGUGAUGAUGGCCAGCCAUAUGAUCGUCAGGUGGCUGGUAAAAUCCAAAGUUUAUUUGCAGGCACCACGAUCAAACAGGCUUCCUCUUCGGCGGUGGCGCUGGUCUUGGAAACGCGUACCAACACGGACAAAGGCCAACUUGUGCAAAAGAUUUUGUAUCCUCAACCUGUUUCCUUCAUUUUCCACGAGCAACUGAAACUCGUUUUCUGCAUUCUCUUGUGCUAUGCAUUAUUCCUCUUGGGCAUCGGCUCAUGGUGGCUCGGUGGCACCGGCAUGACGGCAUGGUUCUAUGGUACCAUUUGCGCCGCUCAAGUCAUGAAUCCUUUACUUCCCGCUAUCUUGGUGGUCGGACAAUCGGUCGCUGCUGGCCGGCUGAAGCGCAAAGGCAUUUUCUGUGUGGAUCUUUCACGUAUUUUGAUGGCCGGCAAAGUGCAAGUGUUUUGUUUUGACAAGACAGGCACGCUGACACGAGAAGGGCUGGAAUACUACGGUGCUUACCCGGCUGAACAAGCCCAGUUUGGUGAUUUCAAGGCGGACUACCAAGCACUGCAAACCGAGAAUCCGACCGACCAUGUGCUCCAACUAGGGAUUGCUUCAUGUCAUUCCGUCACUACGCUUGGCAGCGAAUACAUCGGUAACCCGGUCGAUAUUGUCAUGUUUCAAGCCACUCAAGCGACCUUGGGCAAUACCGAAAAUGACGACAUUAUCCGCCUCGCCAUCGAAAAGCCGGGUCAAAUGUCCAACGAAGUCCAAGUCAUCCAACGCUUCGAGUUCCAGCACGCCCGGGCUUCAAUGUCCGUCGCUAUCCUCGAUCGUGCCACCGGUCACGUCCAUGUGUUUUGCAAAGGCUCUUUUGAACGUAUUCAGGAACUGUCACGACCCGAUUCGAUUCCCUCGGACUUUUCCCAACGCACCUCCCAUUUGGCCCGUGAAGGCUGUUACGUUCUGGCCAUGGCGCACCGCGAUUUGGGACGCGAUGUCGAUAUUGAUGCGGUGAAGAAUUGGACGCGUGAUCAAUUGGAAUCCCACCUGUCGUUUGUCGGUCUCGUUCUUUUCAAGAAUCUGUUAAAGCCCGAUACUGCAGAUGCUAUCCGCCAAUUGAAAGAAGGAGAUACACGAACUGUCAUGAUUACCGGUGACAACGCUUUGACCGGUGUAUUUAUUGGUCAAGCGUGUGGAUUGGUCCCUUCUCAAGCCAGAGUGGCGGUAGGCGAUGUGAUCGACCAUGACAAAGACCACAUUGUCUGGGUGGAUGCCGAGACCAAUAAGCCCGUGGAUAUUGACAAAUCGCUGGCCGAUCCAAACACAUCGUUGGAACUUGCCGUGACUGGUAGAGCAUUUCGAUUGUUGGUGGCCCAGGAACGGAUGCGAGAUUACCUGUUCUGCACUCGCAUUUUUGCGCGAAUGACACCCGUGGAUAAAAUGGCAUGUGUGGAACUUUUCAUGGAACGGGCCAUUACCGCCAUGUGCGGUGAUGGAGGCAACGAUUGUGGUGCGUUGCGAUCAGCGCACGUUGGUAUUGCCAUGUCGGAAGCCGAAGCGUCGGUAGUCAGUCCGUUCAGUACCCCGAAACGGUCCGUGCAAUCCUGCGUGGAUCUUCUUAUUGAAGGCCGCGCGGCUCUAGCAACGUCGUUUGCAAGUUACAAAUAUCUGAUCAUGUAUGGUGAGACCAUGGCAACGGUGAAAUUCCUCACGUUUUAUUAUACAAUGUCCUUUUCGCAAUGGAACUUUAUUCUCGUGGAUGCAUUUAUCACGGUGUUCUGCGCCAUUGCGGUGACACAAGCGGGGGCUGCCAGCAAAUUAUCGUACCAUCGUCCUACCGCCCAGAUUCUUGGCCCUGAAGUUCUGCUUUCGGUGGUCGGCCAACUGUUUAUCAAUAUCUGGUUUCUUGUAGGCGCUUACAUUUGGCUUUACACCCGCGACGAUUUCUUCCGCUGCCAUGAAUGGGAUGCACGUGCCACGGACGCUUCGAAAUGGUGGUUGCUGGGCGACAGUUUCGAAGCCGAUGUAUUGACUUUUAUUUCACUGUAUCAAUUUGUCAAUGCCGCUCUCAUUUUCAACUACGGCUAUACGUUUCGAAAGCGGUGGUAUCACAAUUACAUGUUGAUAUUCUUUUGGUCGCUGUUUGUGGCCAUUGUGAGUUUCUGGGAAUUGGCCGAUCCUAAUGCAUUCGGAUGUCUUGUACGGUUGAAUUGCGGCAACCCGGAUGUCCUGGUAUCGCUUGGUUAUCCACGGCCCGAUUUUUACAUUGAACCCUACAACAAUCCAUUGGGCCACAAUGUACUACCCAAACCGUUCAGAUAUCAAUUGUGGGCUUAUUCCAUUGGUAACAUGAUCGCUACGAACGCCUGGGAAUUAUUGGUAAUUUUGGGCCCCGUACGAAGUUGGCUGCGACGAAGAUAUCCCCUUCAAAGACUCAAGAUCAGAAACUAAUGCACAACCCAACCCUGGGCCUGGACGACCGAUAAAAAUCAAAAGGUUUCAUUAUGCUUUUGAUCUGCAUUGCGAUAAACUUCCAUCGAAAAACAAUUUUUUUUUAUUAUCGCCCACAUCCCGAUGUUUCUCUUUUUCUUUUGUUUCCAUCGCGAUCGGCCCACUGAUAUCAAAGUUGUACGUUUGGCUUUCUUUCAUCACUUUGUUGUUUUUGAAAAAUAUUGCAUGAUACGAAAAAAAAAAGAAAAUUCAAAUCAUUCUAUUCUUGUAAAAUAAAAAAAUUCUCUAUGUACUGUUACUCACAACAA